AUGUCUGUAUCUUCCCAUACUAGCCUAGAGUGCUCAGUGAUCACGUCUGCACUUCAAAAUGAGCUUCCUUCUGUCUUCAACCUAGAUCAAGAGCUUGGAUCACCCAAGCUACUGCAGCAGAAUCCUCAUUCAAUGGAUAAUUUCGCCUUGUGGGCACAGAUCGAUGCUGAUAUGAACAUGAUGGACUUUUUUUCGGAGCUCCCAGGCAUGGACUACCAAAGCUGGGCUCAUGGGUGCGAAGGUUUGUUGGGCAACACCAUAUCCGCGGGCCCAACAAGCGCCUCCAUGCAGGUAGCAAUUGAUAUUAUGAAAACUCACUUCCAAAAAAAGAACCGCGCAGCGACCAGCCUUGCCUACGAAGCCAGACAAUGGGCCUCUGCGCCACCGUGGUUGGAACUAUACGACAAAGAUGUGCUCAAUGUCUUCUUGAAUCUAGCAAAGAAGCAUCUGUCUCAUCUGUUUCCAGGCCUCCUGGUGUUUGAGGCAACUAGGAGCACGGAACCGGAAUUAAUUCUAGCCAUGGCUGCCGUUGGAGGAAGCUUUUGCUCCGUUGAAGGCAGCCAUCGUGUUGCCGGUGCCAUGUACAAUGAUGCCAGGAGACUGGUGUACGCCAAGGUUAGAAUGCUAACAAAACUCCACCACAAAUAUGGCUGA